UUUGUUAGAAUUCUCGGUGCUGUUCGGCCCCUCCGUUAGGGUUUUCUGAAAGCUGGACUCCAUGAAGCUAACUUGCUUGAGCCAAGGCGGGGGAUACCACUUCCCGCCGUGCCACAUGCUGGAGCUGUGCGGCUUCCGGCUUCUCCUUGAGUGCCCCCUCGACCUUUCUGCCCUCGCCGUCUUCGCCCCCAUCCCUGCCACCGCCCCCGGCCUCAUAAAAGCCCAGCCCUGGUACAAGACCGUCGCCGCCCUCCACCUGUGGGAGCCUUCUCUCAUCGGCGCCGUCUUGGUCUCCACCCCCGCCGGCAUGCUUGGCCUGCCAUUCCUCACUAGAAGCCCCAAGUUCUCUGGCAAGAUUUAUGCUACGGAGGCGACGGCGAGGAUUGGAAGGCUCAUGAUGGAGGAGCUCGUUGCGAUGCAUGCUGAAUUUGUGCAAUUUUACGGUCCCGAUGAGAGGCCGGGGCUUCCAGAGUGGAUGAAGUGGGAAGAGCUUGAGAAGCUCCCUCCUGCAUUGAGAGAGGUCGUGAUGGGGGAAGGCGGGGAGGAGCUUGGGAGCUGGAUGCCCCUGUACAGUGCAGCAGACAUAAAGGAAUGUAUGCAGAAACUCCAGUCUGUGAAGUAUGCUGAAGAAGUUUGCUACAAUGGCACCAUAAUCUUGAAAGCAUUCAGCUCUGGUUUGGAAAUUGGAAGUUGCAAUUGGACAAUAAAUGGUCCAAGAAGAAAUAUUACAUAUUUGUCAAGCUCCAUAUUUGAGUCUUCUCAUGCAAUGGACUUUGAUUACCAUCCUUUACAAGGGAAUGAUUUAAUUCUGUUUUCUGAUCUGUCAUCCUUGAGUAGCAUGACUAGGAAGGGCAAUGAGUUUAACGGAAAUAAUAAUCACAAUGAACCGAUGGAUGAAGAUGCUCCUCUUUGUGAUGUUUCGGCUAUCAGAACUGAUUAUGAUAAUGAGGAUGAAAUUGGCAGAUGUUUAGGUGGCACUGAUGAGAAUUUGGAGGAAAUUGACAAGAUCAGUUUCAUAUGCUCCUGCAUCUUAGAUUCCUUGCAAAUGGGAGGUUCUGCUUUGAUCCCAGUAGGUCGACUUGGAGUAGUACUUCUCCUUCUGGAGCAGCUAUCACAGUUACUAGAAUCUUCACAUCUGAAAGUUCCCAUAUUUAUGAUUUCUACUGUUGCAGAAGAGAUGUUAGCAUUUACUAAUGCUGUACCAGAAUGGCUCUGUAAGCAACGACAACAGAAGCUAUUCGCUGGUGAGGCCCUGUUUGGCCAUGUGGAACUCAUGGAAGAGAAAAAACUACUAUUGUUUCCACUACUUAACUCAUCUAACUUAUUAAUGAUGUGGCAGGAGCCAUGCAUUGUGUUUUCUCCUCAUUGGAGUCUCAGGCUUGGUCCUGUUGUUCACUUGCUUCAUCGUUGGCAUGCAGAUCCCAGGUGUGUAAUUAUUGUGGAGGAAGGAGUUGAUGCUGAAAUGGCUCUAAUGCCUUUCAAGACAGUGGCAAUCAAGGUCCUCCAGUGCUCAUUUCUUUCAGGAAUAAGGAUGCAGAAAGUUAAACCUUUGCUGGAAAUGCUGCAGCCAAAGCUUGUUCUGUUCCCGGAAGAUUUGAGGAUGCAAUGCCCUUUAAGGGAUGACAACUCAUGCUCAUUCUUAUAUUACUCGAAGAAUGUAAUGCUACGAGUGCCAGGUUUAAAGAGUGACAUUGAGGUCUGCUUGGCAACAGACCUGGCAUUUCAGCUCAAGCCUAGAAAAUUGACAGAAAGGAAUAUGGCCAUUGCCAGAUUGAAGGGUCAGCUUCUCUUAAACAAUGGAAAGUAUCUGUUGGUGGCUUCCAAGGAACUGCCUGACCUCUCAAACAAACAAUUACUGCACUGGGGUUCUGCAGAUUCUGUACGCCUUCUUAUGGCCUUGCAGGAAAGGGGAAUUAUUGGAUCGAUUCACUGGGAUAAAAAUACAACAGGUGGUGUCUUCUCGAUUCAGAUCACCAAACCAGAGGAGGCUAUGAUUGAAACAAGUGCCACCAAGACUGUAAUCUAUUGCAGAGACAAAACUAUGGCUGCCCUAAUUUAUGAAGCUUUCAGUAGUGUUUGUGAUGGAAUUUGAGAAAACAUGGUCCUGAAAAUACUUCUAUACAUACAGUAUUUCUCAUAAGAGGAAAAGAAAAAGUUCUGCACUUCCAGUAUGUGCCCUUGUAGUGAUUCAUUUGUUCCAUAAAGGUCAAUUUAAUCGAUGACCACUUUGGAGCUCACAAAAGCUCUGGUCUCUGGAUUUAUUGCAAAAAUUCUUUCAGCUAUUGAAAUUUAACCAUGU